UCGAUUAAGGUUACUGUGGAACAAGUACAGGUUGUGCAGCUUGGUGUCCGUUGGCAGUGUCGUGCAUUUUCUAAUGACCCUAAUGUAGACAAGGAGCAACCAAAGUAUUUAGUUCAGGGCGAGGACCUGAAGAGGGUGAAGAUGUUGAACGUGUUCGAACCAUGCACACUGCAGCUUGGUGACCGCAACUAUUAUGUCUCGAAGGAAGGGGAUGUGAUCAUGACACGUGACCAGUGGAGGAAGCUCAUGGCAGCACAGUUAACGGCGGACCACACCAAUCCCUGUCCCUUGAGGCCUCGACCAGCCAAGAAUAAGUCAAAAAGGAAACACCGCUCAGGUUUAACAGGAGAAGUUGAGCAGAAUGCAGAUGCCCCUGGUGCUCCUACAUCAGUAGGCGGUAUUAAAGACACUGACGGCUCGCCUGUGGAAGGUGCUCUAGGUGCUGAAGGAGGGCUACCUGCGGAUGAUGAUACCAAAGACUAUAAUGCUGAUAGUGAUGGAUAUAUUGAUGUAGAUACAGAUGAAUUCUCUGACACAGCUUCAAUUAGUAGUGGGGCAUCAACAGGAUCUGUAGGGAGGCGAAACAAAAAGGGACCGGCAUUGAUGACAAAAAUGAUGAAAAAGCGCAAGUUGAAGAGGGCAAAAAGGAAGACCACCAAUGAGGGACCAGCAAUUAAGACUGGAGAUCAGUUGGUUGUAGAAACUCUCAUGACAACAUCUAAAGCAGAUGUUGUGUGGCAGGAUGGAUCACUGGAGAAGCGUAUUUUGUCAACAGUCCUUUAUCCAAUUCAUCAUUUGGACGACCAGGAAUUCUUUCCGGGUGACUUUGUGGUGGAGCAGGACUCAGUCGAUCCACAUGAAUAUGGCGUUGUGCAAAGGGUUGAUCAUGCUGGGAGGACAUCCAUUGUAAAGUGGUUUAGAACCUACACAGCUGGAAACGAACCACAGCCAGAAAUGUUACGUGAACAGGAAGUGAGUGUGUAUGAUUUGCGUGACCAUCCGGAUUUCCGCUACCGUCCAGGCUCUGUAGUUAUAAGAGUGGCCAAUUUUGAAGAGUGUCAGACCUGUUCUACAGGGCAAGUUUUAGAUAACUUUCCAUCCGGAGAAGUGAGUGUUUGGUGGGUAGAUGGGAGGACAUCAGUAUGUUACCCUCAAGAUCUGUACAAAGUGGGUGAGUACGACUCAGAUGAUGGAGAACUUUGGGAUGAUACAGCCUCAGAUGAGUCGUGGGAGACAGAAAGUGAACAUUCUGUGAUUGCAGAGGAGAGUGAAAGUGAAAGUGAGGGAGUACUUAAAACAAGACUUGUAGCAAACAUUGAAAAAGCUCGUAUAGCUAUGAGUCGUCUAGAAGAAAUUUUUACGCAGAAUCCUGCUCUUCAGACCACAGCAGUAAUGAAACAACUUUUAGAUUGUUACAAAGAAUGCAGGUAUAUGGAUAAGCUGAUGGGCACGAGCUUCUUCCAUGAAAGCAAUUUCCAGGGACUCAUAGAAAAGGUUCGUGAGCGUGGCAGAGCAUCAACAACUCAGCGCAUGACAGAGCAAAUAAACCGUCUCUUCUCGGCCUCAGACUCAGAAGGGAGCAAAGCUGUCACAGGGAAUUUUGACAGUGCUAAAGAAGACAUGUCCAAGCCAAAUAAGGAUAAUCUGUGCAAUAAGGAUAUGAAACACAACAAGGAGAGUGGGGGAUCGUGCAACGCUGACAGCGACAUCCUUUCCUCCAAAGAUGCCAUCCUCAGCAGCUCGGCCACAUUGUCGGAGAAUUUGGCUAAUCUCAGCUUCUCUCAGGGAAGAACCAGUAAAUCUGAGAAGGUUCUAGAUGGGGGACGAAAUAGGGGAGGAGAGUUACGACAUAAGAGAAUGAGCGAAACUGAUAUGACUCUUCACGAGAAAGUCUCUUCGGAUGCGCGUAUGAAAGAUUCCAAAAGUUGUAAUGAUCUGAAGGUGUCCUCAUCAGAAGUCAUCAGCGGGGUAACAGAAGAGAUCCGCACGUCUCACAUGUGCGCUCAGCUGUGCUCUCUCAUGAAGGCUCAGCUGCUCAAAACCUACGAGGAGGUCGUGUUCCGCUUUGGAGGCCACUUUGACAUGAGUCUCAUGCAAGCUUGUCAGGAUUCUGAGGGUGCACAUGGGGAAACCAAGGAUAUCCUGCAGGAUGAUAACAAAGAGAACAUUCCAGUGUUUAUCGCAGAAGACAUAGUUAAUGAAAAUACAACUACCAUUGCACUUAGUCAGGUUGUUCAUCAAACUGUGAUUCCAGUGGAGAAAAAGGAGGAAAACUAUGAAAGCCUUGAUGACAAACAGGCUCUUGAUGUCAGUGCAACUAAUAACGCCUCUCUUCUGCCGUCUCCUGUGGUGACCGAUGACAUGAUCACCUCCAAUGGUAACAGCGGAGAGACGACUGACAAAAAUACCUUCUCUGACGACGCAGAAAAUGAGGCUUUGAUUGAUUCCAUUAUUGCAAAUGCUGUUGCAGCAGUCAACGGAGAAGUUGGGUCAGCAUUUACAAGUGGAUCUGAUUGCUUGUCGAGUCCUUCUGAAGGUUUUGAAGUUUUGGAAGCAGCUCCAGACAGUCACAAGUUUAAGCUGACAAUGUUCCAGCCAACCGACCCACCUCACUUCUACAGGACAGUGCGCAAGGAAAUGAAACUGUUGAAGACCUCCCUCCCUCUAGGGAUCUGGGUCAGAGGUUAUGAAGACCGUAUGGAUCUAUAUUCCGUUAUGAUCGAGGACCAGAGCGCACCCUAUGAAGAUGGCCUCUUCUUCUUUGACUUCCAGUUGUCAGCAGACUACCCACGUGCACCACCUCUCUGUCACUAUGUUACUUACUGCUCUGACAAACUAAAUCCGAACCUUUAUGAAGAUGGCAAGGUGUGUGUGUCACUGCUUGGUACAUGGAAUGGAAAAGGCACAGAGGUGUGGACUAGUCAGAGUAACCUUCUGCAGGUCAUCAUAUCCAUUCAAGGGUUGAUCCUGGUAAGUGAGCCAUAUUUCAAUGAGGCCGGCUACGAGCGACAGAAAGGUACCCAGCAAGGGAGGGAGAACUCUCGAAUGUACAACGAAAUGGUGGUGCUAAAGCUUAUACAAGCGAUGGCGAAGGUUAUACAAGCACCUCCUGACAUCUUUAAAAAGGAGAUUAUUCAACACUUCCAUAAGAGGGCUUUUAAAUUGGUGCAGAGACUUGAAUGCUGGCUAGAAAUAUCAGAAAACCACAAUGCUUCACAUCCAUUAUCUCCCACAACCCCAACAACUUUCAGGGAGAUAUAUCCAUCAGAUGCUGGUGUUGAAUUGCCAGAAUUUCCACUGAUUCCAGCUUCCAAAGGGUUCUGCAUCACCCUACGCAAGACACUUAAACAAUUUAAAUCCAUCCUUGAGUCUGUUGGUGUGUCGACAGACCAGAAACUCCAGGCCCGUGAGUUAGACAGCAACUUACCCAAGACUACCGUUAGCUCCUCCAGCGUUGAGACGAAAGUUGCUAAAGCCACGUAUGUCGAGACGGAAAAGGAAAAAGUUGUCGGUGGUAACUCGUAGCUAUUGUCCAAUUUUAGCUUAUUUAUCCCUGUUAUUACUAGUGUAUUUAUCAAUGUUAAUAAUCAGUGCCUGUGUGGAUUGUGGUGUUCGUUAAGUUUUGCAAAUUGUGGACAUUAUAAGAUCGUAGUCUCCUCCGAUACAAAUUUAGAUCAUUUUCCUUUCUGCAAUGAAGC